UCCUUCUGCAGAAAGAGAUUAACACCAAACGGCGACGGUGGCGUCGAUGGCAAAAAGUUUAUAAUCGACGCGGCAGUCAGAGAGUGAGAGCAAGACGGGGCGAAUGGGACAGAGAGAGUGAGAGCGAGAGAGCGAGAGAAGAAAAAUCGGAAAAUCGUUAUCCGACUACUAUAACCCACCACAAAAUCGCGGUCGUCUCUGUUGUUGCCGGGCACCUCACACUCGCACAUCGAAUCCGAAUCCGAUUGCGAUUCAGGAUCUGAAUCCUCUGACACAGCAGCCGCAUUUAAUUUUUUUCCUGGUUUGUGAGCUGGAAAAGACACGGAAAAAUAAAUAGAAAUGGAUCCCUCUAACCUGGCCUUUGGUUUUCCCGGUCUACCCAACCAUGGCCACAUGCCGAUACCCCCCACCGCCAAUAUGCUGGGUGGCCAGCAUCCCGCCCCCACCGCCAGUCCACCGCAAAGCGUCCCCGGCCGUCGAACCCCACUGGGAUCGGUGGGUCUGGGGGGUUUCUAUGCCCAGGGCCUGGGCAUGCCCCAGCAGCCACCAACGGAUGAGAACAAGCCAGGACCCAGUGCCCCGGAGAAACCGCUGAGUCCCACUGCAGCCGCCAUCGCAGCCAUUGCCAUUAGUGGUGGCACUACCACGGUGGCUGUUUCCAGUGGUUCAGCCGGAGGUAGUGGCUCCAAUGGUGGAAAGCAGAAAAAUCGCCAGGGCAAGACUGUAAGGCUGAACAUAAACGCGCGGGAGCGCCGAAGGAUGCACGAUUUGAACGAUGCCCUGGACGAGCUGAGGAGUGUGAUUCCCUAUGCCCACUCACCCUCUGUGCGGAAACUAUCGAAAAUAGCCACCUUGCUGCUGGCCAAAAACUAUAUUCUUAUGCAGCAGAAUGCUCUUGAGGAAUUAAGAAGAUUACUGGCCUAUAUACAAAGCACCACGGGUGCCGCACCCUUGGAUUUGGGUGCCUUCCCAGCGGCUGCCAAAUUGCAGGCCCUUCUCCAAGGACCUCACAACGAACCGCCCUCCAGCAGCAGUUAAAUAAAAGUCGGAACCACCUUUAAACAAUGGUCCUCCUGAUAAGCAAUUAAGAA